CUUAGUUUAAAUACGUAUAAUAAUUAGAGAUAAACCAUGUUUAUUUAAUAUGAACAUUACUAUGGAACAACCAGAGAAGGAAACCCGGAAAAAUCGACUGAUUCCCACAUUCGAACACCUCGGCAAGAUAGUGCUCUCCAAAAAGGACGGUGGAUACCUAUAUUUUUGUGCUGUUACAGCUAGUCUCUUGGUCUUCAGUGGCUGUUCCUGUAUAGUAUGGUCUUCUCCGGUGAUACCGAAGCUAAAGUCGGAAGAUGCAGAGGAAAACCCCCUUGGUGAACCCAUCACUACCUUACAAAUAUCACUGAUAACAGGUUUACCAUCGUUUGUAGCUCUGCUGGGUAAUUUUGUGUUCGCCAAGAUGCCAAAUGCCUUUGGUCGCAAAGCAACUAUGUUAUUGAUUUCCUUCGGAAUGUUAGCGUCGUUACUAUUAGUCGCUUUCGGUAACCACGUCUACAUGUACUCAGCAGGCUUGUGUUUCCUUUUUAUAUGUGUUGCUGGUGUAUACGUGGCACUACCUUUAUAUUUGAGCGAAAUAUCCGAAGACCACAACAGAGGAAGAAUAUUAAGUCUCAUUGGAGUAUUGAUGCCUUUGGGAAAUCUCUACGGGUACCUCCUAGGCCCCAUAACUUCCAUUAGAACAUUUACUUUACUUUUAGCGUUACCACUUGUGGUUCAUCUGUUUCUUGUGUUUAUGUAUUUGCCGGAAUCUCCGGUGUAUUUAGUUUCUAAAAAACAGACACCAGCCGCAAUGUGUUCAUUAAUAAAAUUAAGGAAGAACAAAAACUCUGUAGAAAUCGAAGAUGAGUAUUUUAAGAUAGACCAGACGCUCAAAGCUAGAGAAAACUUCAAAGAAAGAGGAAUGAAGGAGCUAUUUACAAAUAGGAGUGUCAGAAAAGCGCUGUUGAUAUCUUUAUGCGUGAACCUCACACAGCAGUUAUCGGGAGUUAUAAGUAUCUUGAAGUUUCUAGCUCCCGUUUUUAACGAAGUUAGUACUUCUUUUGCAGGCAAUAAAGUAGCUAUUUUAGUAGGUCUUGUUAAGUUUGUCAGCUUCUUCAUUAGUUCUUGUUUGGUGGAGAAGUUAGGACGGAGACCCCUGUUGCUAACUUCUGCAUUUGGUAGCUGCAUAUCCUUGUUUCUCAUAGGUUUAUUUUUCUUUUUAAAGCAACAUACCUCAGUUGCGAUAGACAAUAUUACUUGGUUACCCAUUUCGUCAGUUCUUGUGUUCAAUUUCAUGUACGCUUUAGGAAUAGGAACCUUAUCAAUAACAGUAAUGAACGAAAUGUUACCUACAGAUGUUAAAGCAGUAGGUUCGGCUCUAGUUUUUACUAUUUGUUACUUAUUAGGCUCUUCCCAAGUGUUUUUGUUUCCGUUGAUUAGUGAACAUUUCGGAAUAUUUUACUGUGUCUGGUCAUUCAGCGUAUGCUGCUUGUUGGGGUUUGUUUUUAUGUUCAUUUUUUUACCAGAGACGAAAGGAAAGAGUUUUUUAGAAAUACAAGCCAUUUUAGAAACAUAAAAAAGAGACACGGAAAGUUUUCCAAGCAAAUACGAAAAAAAUAAUCAUCCAGGGCCUUAACAAAUGUAAAUUGUGAUAUUUUAAAGCCUUAUGUGUUCCGAAUUCCUGAAUUCUAGUCUUUUUAAUAUAGUAGAUACACCAAAGGGAAAUCGUUUCCAUGUUAGGUCCACUACUAAUCGAAUUUUUUUAAAAUCCCAAGUUUUUUAUCUAUUUUUUACUGCGGAACUUCCUCUUAAGGUGUCGUCUUCUUUUGAGGGUUGACGAUUUAAAAUUGUCAUGAGUUCCUUAGUCCGCCAAGCGCCUUUUCAUAAUCUAUAAAGUAGGCAUAUAUAUCAUUAUUCACGUCCAAACGGCGUUUCGUUAAUAUUAGUCCGUUCUUUAACGGUAAAAUAUUGCAAAAGCUCUAAAUUUUAAAGAACCGCUUGGAUUGACAUGAAAUUUGGCAUACACAUAGCUAACAAGUCAAAGAAAAAAAGUGAUAUUGUGCCGAUAUGUGCUUUUGCCCUGGGGGUGGUUUUCACCCCUUCUUGGGGGUGAAAAAAUAUUCGUCCAAAGAAAGUCAGGAAAUGGAUAAACUGGCUAAUUUUAAGUAACUUUUGUUCUAUAGAGUUUUUUAACUAAGUCAAUACUUUUCGAGUUAUUUGGCAGUGAAUAUGGUCAUUUUUUCAACAAAAUAACCACGCUUUUAGACGGUUUUUCGCAAAUAACUUAAAUAGUAAGUAUUUUGUCGAAAAAACAUUCUUAGCAAAAAUAUAGCCUGAAAAAAAUUUUAAAAAAAUGGUGUAUUGGUCACGUCUCUACACCUAGUAGAAGCAGAGUUAUAGCUAAUGAAAAAUAGGUUCAUAUUCGUCAAAUUCCAAAUGGAAUAUUUUAACGUGAAAUAACCAAAAAUGAAGCACAUUUCGGGGAAAACUCAUUACAAAAUAUUUAAAGUGUUUUAAAUAAGCUUCAUUUUUGUUUUAUAAAAAAAUUUCUAGCAUCAAAAUAAACAAGUUACGCUCAAAAUAAAGUUAGUCCCUUUUGGUUUUGGUAAAAAAAAUCGAGAAAAUCACCCCCUAAAUUAGUAUCUUAAAUGAACUUAAUCGUUACGACUUCACAAGUUUCUUGACUCGUGUAUAUAUUGUUUAUAUGAUCUGUAAGUUUCAUCGGUUCAAAGUCCUUAUUAUUGAAAGGGCUGUAGUUAAAAGGGGUUGAACGAGUCACUGAUCACGAAUGUAUGCAAAUUUAGAAACACCAAAUCUUAAUCAAUUUUUGUCUAACAGAAAAACAAAAAAAUACAUUUUUUUUCUCUGAUUCUGGCUUUGGUUUAGAACUAGAACCUUUAGCCACGUAAUUGUAUAACUUAUUACUAAGUCAGGGGAGUAAUGUGUAGUGUGUGUGUUGAGUAAGUGUCUUGUUACUUUGCAAAGUCGACGUCAUUGUCUUUGCAAAGAGACGCUAAUUGUUUCCGAACGUCUGCGGUCCCUCCGGUGAUACAUGAUAAAAAAAUACAUGAUAUUCAGAAAAGCAAAUCUGACUUUUUUUGUUUUUCGAGAUUUUUGUAUUUCUAACAAUUUUUAAGCUAUUUUGAAAAAAAGCAUAUUUUUCAAAAUUUAAAUUUUUAAAAAUUUUACUUUGAAAUCAAAUUUUUUCAAAAAUAAGCACUUUGAAUCGAUGAAACUUACAGAUAAUAUUUAUAAACACAACAUAAGUAAAAUAAUUUGUGGAGCGGUAACGAUUAAUUUCAUUUAAGUUGCUAAUUAGGGGGUGGUCGUCCCGAUUUUUUUGCAAAAACAAAAGGGACCGUCUUUAUUUUGAGCGUAACUUGCUUAAAUUUAAUGCUAGAAACUUUUUGUAAAAACAGAAAUAAAGCUUUUUUUAAACACUUUAAAAAGUUUUAAUAGGUUUUCCCCAAAAAGUGCUUAAUUUUUUGGAUAUUUCACGUCGAAAUAUUCUAUUUUAAAUUUGGUGAAUAUGAAUCUAUUUUUCAUUGGCUAUAACUCUGGUUCUACGAGAUCCAGAGACCUAACGCAUACACCAUUAUUUUUACUUUUUUAUAGGCUAUGUUUUUGUUUUUUUAAAAAACUAUGUCAGGCUAUGUAAAAACGUUUUUUUCGACAAAAUACUUACUUUUUGAGUUAUUUGCGAAAAACCGUCUAAAAUGUGGUUAUUAUUCCAAAUAACUCGAAAAGUGUUGACUUGGCGAAAAAGCUCUAUAGAAAAAAAGUUACUUAAAAUUAGUCAGUUUACCCAUUUCCGGACUUAUUUUGGACAUAUAUUUUUUCACUUCCAAAAGGAAGUGAAAGUCACCCCCAGGGCAAAAGCACACAUCGGCACAAUAUCACUUUUUUUCUUUGACAUGAGCUAUAGAUACGUAUGCCAAAUUUCAUGUCAAUCCAAGCGGUUCUUUAAAAUUUAGAGCAAAAACCGUGAAAGAAUGGAUAUAUAUAUGAAUGAAUAUAUUUAAACACAAUAAAGGCUUAACGUUGUUCUGAAGCUAUUUUCUUGUGGCAUUUUUAUAAUCAAUUACUUUUAAUGGGAAAUAAGUACCAAAUUUUACCAAAAAAAUGAUUUUAUUAACGUUUCGACGCCCAAAUCGGGUUUCGUUAUCAAAAUACAAAAUACUACUAAAGUAAACAAAAAUGUUGUUGCUAAGUAAAAAAAUUCUUCUAAUAAUUUAUUUAAUCUGACUCAUUUAUAUUGGCAAUUCAGACGUAUAUUAUACAUUUUAAAGUAGAAGACUUUAAAAUGAUAUCACCAAUAUUUAUGAGUUGCGUUCCUGGGACGACUUUACUAAAAGAUAGUUCAUUCGAUUACAUGAAAUCAAUCCCAACUCAAGAAUAUCCGUCACAAAAAAAUCAUAGCAUGUGAUCUGUCUUUAAAAAGACAACCAAAUGCAACGAUGACAGUAAAAUUCUCGCGUUAGAGAUUCCAGAGUAAAUCACGAGGGAAAACCAGGAAAAAACCUCGUGAUACUAUCCCGACAUCGUAAGUAUUUGGUCUUACAUUUAAUUUACUUUCAAAAAACUAAUACCAAAUUCUGACUUUAAUAUGUUUAAAUUAUAAAUAAUAUUAAUAAUACAUAGAUAUACAAUGAGUAAUACUAAAAUAUAAAAUUUGUAUUAACUCGAUAUGUUAUUGACUUACUAAUCGUGGUAUUUUCUUUCUAUUGACUUCCUCUUAUACUUACCCAUACUAAAAGAAUUUUUUUACUUAGCAACAACAUUUUUGUUUAUUUUAGUAGCAUUUUGUAUUUUGAUAACGAAACCCGAUUUGGGCUUCGAAACGUUAAUAUAAUCAUUUUUUUGGUAAAAUUGUGGCUUAUUUCCCAUUAAAAGUAAUUGACAAUAAAGCCUUCCCAGUUCCCACUCAUCAUAAUUCUCUUUGCCUUAUCCCUAUGCGGGAUCGGCUUUCCUAAUUGCAUUUCUCCACGCAAAUCUAUCUUGAGUCAUAUCAAUGUUAAUCCCCUUUACCAACAUGUCCUGCCUUAUCGUCUCCUUUGGUUUUCUUUGGUCUUCCUCUCCUACUCCUUCCAGAAAUCUGCACUUCAGCUAUUCUUCGUAUUGGGUGAUUAACAUUUCGACGUUGAACAUGACCAAACCAUCUUAACCUAUGCUCUCUCAUUUUGGCAUCAAUUGGUGCCACACCUAGACUUCCCCUAAUAUACUCCAUUCUAAUUUUAUCCUUCUUUGUCACUCCACUCAUCCAUCUAAGAAUUCUCAUUUCCGCCACAUGCAUUCGUUGUUCCUCUUUCUUUUUCACUGCCCAACAUUCAGUUCCAUACAUCAUAGCCGGUCUUAUGGCUGUUUUAUAGAAUUUUCCCCUCAGCUUUAUUGGAACUUUUCUGUCACACAACCCACCACUCGAUUCUUUCCACUUCAUCCAUCCAGCCCUAAUUAUACUGCAUGCAUCUCCAUCUAUUUCUCCAUUACUCUGUAAUACCGAUCCUAGGUACUUAAAACUAUUGCUUUUCACAAUCAUUUCACCAUUCAAAGAUAUCAUUUUAUUUGUAGCAACUCAAUUAAAUGAACAUUCCAAAUACUCUGUUUUUGUCCUACUAAGUUUUAAAACUUUUUUCUCCAGAGCUUGUCUCCACUGUUCCAGUUUUUGUUCUAAGUCUCUUUCACUAUUUCCUAUUAACACUACAUCAUCAGCAUACAUUAGGCACCAUGGAAUGCUACCCUGUAGUUACGCUGUUAUCUGGUCCAAAACUAAUGAGGAUAAAUAAGGACUAAGCACCGAGCCUUGGUGCAAUCCUACUUUCACCUGAAAUUUAUCAGUCUCUCCCACACCUGUCCUAACACUAGUCGUUACUCCCUCAUACAUAUCUCUCACAAUCUUUACAUAUUCGCCAGGGACUCCUUUCUUAUUGAGUGCCCACCACAUAAUCUCUCGAGGAGCUUUAUCAUAUGCUUUCUCAAGAUCAAUGAAUACCAUUUGAGCGUUGGUCUCUUUAUUCCUGUAUUUUUUCAUCAGUUGCCUUACAAUGAAAAUUGCAUCUGUUGUUGAUCUGCCCUGCAUAAAGCCAAAUUGAUUAUCGGAUAUUUCGGUUUCUUCACGUAUCCGUCUAUCAAUUACUCUCUUCCAUAUUUUCAUAGUGUGGCUAAGUAGUUUUAUAGCCCUGUAGUUUGUGCAUUGUUGUAUGUCUCCCUUGUUUUUGUGGACAGGUACUAAUAUACUGCUUCUCCAUUCGUCUGGCAUUUGUCCAACGUAAAAUUUAUUAUUGCUUUGGGGAGAUCUUAAAAGUUUUUUUCUAUUGACAUUUGAAAUUUGAGACAAGUUUGACAUUCUCUCUUGUUUCAUGGUGUUUUGACAAUACGUUUUGACUCUUUUGAGACAACAGAGAUCCCGUUCAUUUGAGGCAGAAUUUGCCCACAUUUGAGCACAAUAAUUUAUUAAUUUCGGGAACAGUUUGUUGUACCUAAUGAAUUGCAGUAUAUAAAAUUAAACAUAUUUUGUAACUUAUCCCACCUUCCGAAAAUAUUUGGAUCGCCAUAUAAACCUGUUAAUCCAUUUUCUUAUUUUAUUUGAUUAAAGAAUGAUGGAUAAUUUUUAAUGAACUUGUCUAAUAGAUAUUUUGAAAAUUCUUUGGCGUAACUUUUAAAUUUUGAAUCGUCAAAGAGGUCAAUGACUUAUAACAGUGAGUAAAUAAUAUUUUGCCUGGUGCAAUAGUUUUAACUUUUGCCUGGAGACCAUACAAUUCACCGGACAUCAAGGCAGCGCCGUCAUAAAUUUGCCUUACCAAUUUAUUUUUGAUAUAAAAAAAUUCUAAUAUGUCCUUUAAAACACCAAUAUAUUCUGUCUUAUGGCUUCUACUCACGUCUGAAAACCUAAAAACCUCUCAUAAAUAUUAGACGUAACGCGUAUCGAAGAACAAUUAUUGAUACUUGUGAAUGACAUGUUACCUCUAUCAGUGCAGAAAAGCAUCAAAAUGUAACUACUAAUUAUUGAUUCUUUCAUUCUGUGCUGUUUUAGGUACGCCGCUAAAUGUCUUCGAGUCAGAAAGUAAAUUGGAAAAUUUGUUAAACAAUUUUAUUUGUUCUCUAUAAUUAACUUGAUGUAACAAAUCCUCGGAUUUAUCCUGACACCUAAAUGGUAAUUCCUAACAACUUAAAAAAAUUACAAUAUCAAUCAUUAAACGACGUAAAACUACCUGCUUACCUAUUUCAUAAUUUUAUCCCGGACGCGAUAGCAAGGUACGUGGCUGUACGUGCCUUGCUACCGUUUGCAGAUCACCGCUCGGCAGAUUGGUUUCUGCCGUACUUGCCAUUCAAAUAGUACGGGAAAUAUAAAUAUAUAUAAAGUAUAAUUGGUUGCCUAUCGGCUAAUAUUCCAUAGCUUCUCAUUACAAGCAAAUCUUCAAUCUGGGGACGGGUUGCCGAGCCGGGCUCUAUAAUAAGAAUUCACACAAUCGCAAUCGGGUGCAUGGCUAUAGGAUCAUUUUUGAAAAGUCUCUUACGCACAGCGCACAGGGAUCACUUAACGUAUGGGAUCGAUCGAAUUCUUUUAAAAACAAUGAAUAAAAUUUAGUCUGUAUUAUCUCACAGAUAUUUUUUUUUCACAGAAACGAAUAUCAUCAACUCUGAUUUAAUUAAAUAUUUAAAAAAAUCUAUAAUGUGUCCAUAAAUGUGUGGGUCGGCACUGCGGACCCUGCCGACCCUGACCAGCCGUCACUGCCACUGCCUCAUUUAUUAUCAUGGGUCCGCUGUCUGGUUCUUCUGAUAUUGUUGGACCGAGUCUUUUAUCUUGAAAGAAGCCGUCUAUAUUUUUGUAUAUUCUUUCCAUCUUCGUAUUUUUGUUCCGUUGUCCUGAUAUUGAAACAUCACUUUGGAGUUUAUACUAUUAGAUUUUACAUCUGCUCUUGAGACAAUAUUGACCAGAUAACAAAAAAUAUAACACCGAUCUGCUUUGCAAGGUUAAACAAUGAUAUGACAGUUUUGAACAGUAAAAUACUAAUGUUAGAACUGAAGACAGACUCGAACAGAAAUAUCUCAUUCGUCCAGAUUUUUGUUUCUCAGAAUUUCGAACACUUGAUCCCAUAUUUAACGGUAUAGAAAAUCAGAUAGGACUUUCUUGCAAUCUAUGAAGCACACUCAAAUAUCUUGGUUAGUAUCUAAGCAUUUUUGAAUAUGAUCAUCAAAAGAAAAUAGUUCUCUUAUGCCUACAACACUACGGAAGCCCAAUUGCGUGCCAAUUAUAUUUAGUUUUAGUUUUUACUCUAUUGUAUCUAUACCUACAUAUUUUUAAAAACCCUGUUAUGGUAUGUUAAACAGUAAAUGGUUAAGUUCAAUUAGUUACUACUAUAAACAGCCCGGAUUAACCGAUAAUAGUAUACAAGGCCCGGUUUCAGGUAAAAUUUAUUUUAGGCUUUAUUAUGGGAGUACCGUCUAGUCAGUGUUAAUUGCAAAAGACCAACUCUGUCUACCUCGGUGGCUUAUCGCUCCGGGUGGGUCUUAACAAUGGGUCAGGUCAGAUAAAUUUAAUAAUAUUUACGACCGCACUAAUUGAACUCAAACCAUUUACUGUUGAACAAACCAUACCACAUAGUGACGUAGGGCAAUUUGCACUCGAUUGUACGUAUUUUUAUUUUAGAUCAAUUUAAUUAAUUAGGUACUUGAUAUGCCACAAAACUUUAUAGACACAAUUUUUUUAAUUGUAGUUUGUUGUUUUAGUUGUAAAUAUUUGUGUUAAUAAAUUAUUUAUACCUUUGUGAUCUCAA